UUGAACCAGGAAAUUGUGAGAGACACGUAAAAAAGAAGAAUGAUUAGCUAGGUUAGAAUUGGUUAUCUGAUUUUAACAUUUAAUUUUUUAAAUUAUGGCAGGACAAUUAACAAAUGUAACUAGAACAUUUCAAAAAUUAACGUUAGCUUUUAGAUGUAGAGUAGCUGCCGUAAUAAUUAACCCUAACAAAGAAAAUGAUGUUCAUAUUGUAACACAAACUUUUACAAGAAAUACAAAUUUUUUCAAUAAGUUACCUGCACAAGAUCUAUGGAAGGGGAUUACCUCUGUAAGUAAUGCUGGUAAAAAGAGAGGUCGAGGUAAAAAUGUAUCUAAAUCUAAAAUAAAAGACUUGAAUCGUGGUCAAAUAAUAGGGGUAGGGAAAGCAAAUAUAGUUUGGCCCGGUCUUUCUGCUCCUAUAAUUAGAGGAAAGGAGCUGGUAGAACAACAUCAAUUACCAGAGGAUCCUGAGAGAGAAAAGAAACUGAUUCAAAUAAGAGACUCUAUGGGUACAUCUAAAAGACCCAAAUUAAGUCCUUUAGAACGAGGUUGGUCUGGUGCUAAACUACCUGGAAGAAGUAUUGGACCUCCGGAUCCCAUAGAAGAAGAAACGUUUGAAGGUUUUGAUACAAAAGUAUUAGAAUUGAAAACUGUAUUUAAUAUGAAAGGGAAUUUUGGUAGAAAGAGACGACAAUCUGCUCUAGUAGUAACUGGAAAUGGUAAAGGUCUUGCUGGUUUUGCUUUAACAAAAGGAGCUGAAGCUAAAACUGCUCUAAGGAAAGCAAAAAAUAGAGCUGCUCAAAAACUAAUGCAUAUAAAGUUAUAUCGAAAUCAUACAGUUUGUCAUGACUUUUUUACCCAGUUUGGUACUACAAAGAUUUAUGUUUGGCAGAAACCUGAAGGACAUGGUUUAAUAUGUCAUAGAGCUAUUAAAACAAUAUGUGAAGUUGUUGGUAUUAAAAAUCUCCAUGCUAAAGUCGAGGGAUCAACAAAUGUAGGAAAAAUCAUGAAAGCUUUCUUUUUGGGACUGAUCAAACAGAAAACUCCCGAAGAAAUUGCUGAAGAGAAAAAACUACAUCUCGUCGAAUUUUGCAAAGAAAAUAAUUAUUUUCCUAAUAUUAUUGCUUCUCCAAAGGAAUGUAGGAAAUUAGAAGAAAUUCCUAAGGAUGAAAUAUUAGAUUACAAACAAUAUUGUUUUGAUGGAAGGGUUGUAUUGAAAAAGAAAAAGUACCCACCAUUUUAUGCAACUUAUAAAUCUUAUGAAUUAUAUUUGAAAAAACAAGAAAAGAUCAGGAACCAGAAUGAAGUCAGAAGAAAUUUGAGAGCAGAAUAUGGUGAAAUUAGAAGUCAUUUGGCAGAUAAAUAUCCAGAAUGUAAACAAUAUAGAAGUGAAAAGAAAGAAAACGUAGAUGAAGAAAAUGAACAAUGAAAAUUAAAUAAAUAGUUGAUCAGUUUUUAUAUUGCCUUGUUUAAAACUUGUUAUUUUCCCCAAAUGAAUAAUCUUGUGAGAAAUUACACAAAAGUAAAUAAUUUGAUGUUGAUAGUGCAUUGAUGAGUCCACAACUCCUUAUAUAUCAAUUAACUAAGGUAGUUCAUUUGACUAACAUUGUAAAUACAAAAUCCACUCAAAGCAAUUUAAAAAAUAAUAAUAAUUAAUGUUCUGGGCCUGCACGAAGAGCUAUGGUAUAGAAGGUCACAAUAGACCUUUUCAGAUCGCAGGACAUAUACAAACCUCAUGCAUUUUAAAUCUAAUCGUUCUGGUUGUUGAUUCAUAAUUUUUGUGUUCAUAGCAGAAUAGUGGACGACCGAGCCAUUAAGUACACAGGCCUGUCUUGCCCCACUUAACAUUACUAAAGACCGGUUUCCAGUGAAAAGCUAAUCAGGCGUAUUGGUUUGAACCUUUUGACAAAUUAGGAUAUCAUUCCUAACCAGCUGAAGAGGGACUACAUGGGCACACGAAUAUUAUGACCUCUGGGCCUCCUCACCAACGGCUCCUUGAAGGGGAAUCUGUGCUAGUGACAAAUCAUUUAGUGAAGCUUUGAGAGUGCCUUCCAAUAAAUACUAUUUAUUGUUAUAUUAUAUAUUAAUAUUAUACAUGUUUUAUUGAUAGUGAUUUUCUUAUAAUAUACCUCAAAUAUAUGUAACUUUAAGUUUUGAGACCUAUUUUAAGCAAAAAAGAUGAAUUUUAAAAUCUAUUACCGGAAAAUUACGUACAAUUAAUAAUAUUCAGAAAAAUUAUUGUAAUUCAUGUCAAAUUGGUAGUUAAGGUUUACUCCGUUGUUAGUGCUAAUGUACUCGGAACAAAAGCAUUUCUGUGAAUUAUCUGUAUACUAGUGAUCUGUGGUUAUUCCUACAUAUUCGUCUUCUUUUCUUCUAAUCCAAAAUUCGGAUUCUUCUUUGCUACAAGAUGUAAAGAUACACCUACUGAUUGAUAGACAUAAACUGAUGUAAAAAAUAUACAUAUGUCAAACGGC